CACUACUAUCGUCCUUUCUUCUGACUUCCGCUGGCCUUCUCUUUUUCGGGUUUUCUCCGUCGAUUCUCGUCAGAGCUGCGACUGCAUUACAACUCAUUCUUCUCGAAGCCGGCGCUCAGGAAUCAGUAUCUUGGGACGGAGUACCUACUGCUCAGCCCGUCCUGAGAUAGCCGUUUCACUCCAGAGCCAUAUCAGUUUGUCCUCCUACCAGGCUCAGACACCUAACCUCUGGGCGCCUAUGCUAUUGCCGCUCUUACACGCCGAAUUCACGAGACGUGCUGGCAUUCUGGAUUUUCCAUGUCCAGAACCUAAGUCUCUCCUGCCUUACAGAGACUGAGGCUCCCCUUUGGUGUUAACCCGUUUCUCGACUCGACUUACGUUUCCCAAGCAUCACUCCCUCCACGGUUGACCUUGCCAACACAGCCACUACGCUUCCGUGAGUUCCCACCAAAUAGGUUGGCUGAUGAUGCUGACUGUUGUCUCUCAGGACAUGGCUGCGGUUGCACCCAUGGACUUGGUUGUGAGGAGCGACCCGGCUUCCAUCCCCCUCCGAUGCAUCAUCUGCCCAAAGAAGCCCAACUUCUCGGACCUUUCCCAUCUUCUCACCCACAUCUCGUCCAAGAGCCACCUCGCUCACCGUUUCAAAGUCGAGCUGAAAGCACGCGACGACCGAGCUGCCCUCGAGCAGGUCCGACAGUAUGAUACUUGGUGUGAGCGGUACGGCGUCAAUGCUCUUCUGGCGGAGCGCAUGGCUGCAAAGGAGCAGAAGAAGACGGGCAGGAGACCAAGGCCGUCAAACACGACUAAAAACGAGCCCGAAACCUCCGCAAGCCACCAUGCUUUGGUCAAGCCUGACCCAGAUGAAUAUGAGCCCCUGCCAGGCACAGGUCACUGGUCUGCCGCCCCAGGUCAUCAUCAAGAUGGCUACCACGAUCAUUUCGACAACUCCAGCUAUCACACCCCAAAUCUGAAGCGUUCUCCACCAGAUCAGUCAGCCCCCAGUACCCCGGAGAACGGGAAGCGCGUCAUGUAUUACCGGAGGUGGCCAUCGGAGGCGGAAAUAGCCGCGGAUGGUGCCAGCGUCACUCUUGAUCUUGGAUCUGAGAGCACUGAGUUUGACGAUGAUGCCAACAAGCUGAAGGGGGUAAAAUAUCCGGGCAUGGGUCUGUUUGACUCGGCAGAUGUGGUGCAGAAAAGGAUGCGGAACCAGCGCAAGGAUGAUUCUGUGUUGAAGCAGAUGGAGGAGACGUCUUCUGUAAUUGAGCCAAACGAGUUUGUCUGGACCGAGGACGGAGAGUUUCAACGGGUCCGCGACAUCUACGCCACUCCGUCGGUCGAAGGAAGCCCCGACCGCAAGCUCGAGGAUCUUGAUGACCGUAAGCCGAGGCGGGGCCGUCGUUCUGCGACCACUGUGGCGUCCGGCCGAGGUCGCACGAGAGCGUCUGCCAGACUUACCCGUCACAAGGCAGCCCAGAGCAGGAGGGGUCGACAGGACGAUGAUGAGAGACGCUCCGGCGCUGGCGAUGCCUACGACAUUUUCCGCGACCCGCCGAAGCGCAGUUCUGCUCAAACUGAGAGCCCGCUCAGGGAGUCUGGCUUUGAGCUUCGCCGCCGCACUGCGCUUCAACCCUUGAACUCCAACCGUUCCAUGGUAUCGACUGGACAGAAGCCUGGGAAGCCAGUUUCCUAUAUGCCUCCUCGCGACACAACGUUCACAGCGCAACCUCCUGUCACCAACGGCCAUUAUUUCCCGCACCAGCACAGCUUGGGAGCCGGAUCGUUUAAUCCGUUGUGCGUUCAGACCAGAGGUGCCGCUGGUGCUUACUACAAUCCCUACGGCUAUUCGAGUUUUGGCAACGAGACGAAGCCGUCAACGGCCAAUUUCCAGGCGAUCAACGCGAUGAAUCUGAGCAACAUGGCGUUUAACGCCUUUGGAGGACCGUUUGCGUCAGACUCGACCAAUGAGCGUGCUGAUCAGGAUUUUGAACUCUGAUCCCGAGGGGAUAUGGAACCGUCACAUCAUGGUAGAGACGUUGCAUUCUUAGACCUCCCUGUGUGUGUAACAAUACGGACACAAACUUGCUACGAUCUGGCACGGGAGUGCAGGCGUCACGGAGAUCCAACCCUUCCUGCGCUGAGAGUUCUGCUCUGGGCAGCGGCUAGCACUCACAAUGCCAUUUCGAGGGCAAAUCACGGGGUCUUUAGCGACCACACCGGGAGGUUGGGGGGACUAUGGCGCCAGGAAGCAGAUCUUUUUUCGAUUCGUUAUCCUCCAUCUUCUACAUAUUGCAUGGCGGGCGAGGACUCGGUUGGGACCACCAUCAUUACUUGGUCGUAUUUAG